AUGAGCAACAUUAAUGCUUUGCCUCCAGGCUAUAAGGCUUGGGGUCCAUUUAUUCCCGACAACUACGUUAUAGAUCCAGUGAGCCGAUCGGAUAUUAUUUUAGCGGGCACUGCGUUUGCGAUUGCCAACAUUUUUGGAAUCUCCGCGGUGUUCAUUGGUUUCAGGCAGACAAGAGCGUCCCGGAAGCCGUGGAGAAAUGCAUAUAUCUGGAUGAUAUGGCUUGAAUUGGCUGCUUCGGUGGUCCUUGCCGUAGUGUGCCUACUGUUCUUGCUAAGAAGGAUACGUCCCAGUUUUUACAUGUACAUGGGCAUCUGCAAUCCAGUGGUUUGCUGGGUGAUCCAGAUUCAAGUGUUGCCGCAAAUUAUCGUCAAUCGAAUUCGCGUGGUCCUGCCGGAUAGACGGCGAGGAAGAUAUCUGGCUAUAGGAACCGCAGUCAUUGUCACUUUGAUCAACAUUAGCGUCUUUUGCGUGUGGAUACCCGCACGUCUUCAGAUCAGUCAAAGAUGGAUACGCAUCAAUUCUAUCUGGGAUAGAAUUGAGAAAGUCCUUUUCUUACUCUUGGAUGCGUACCUGAACUGGUACUUCAUCAAGACCGUACAAUCCGAGCUCGUUAGGAACGGCCUGAGCAAGUACAACCGCCUAGUCCGCUUCAACAAGCGCAUUAUUGUAGUCUCGCUCUUAUUCGACGUUAUGAUCAUUGCAGCCAUGAGCAUCCCCAAUGGAUUUGUCUACGCCAUAUUCCACCCGCUGGCGUACCUAGCCAAACUCAACAUCGAAAUGUCAAUGGCCCAUCUCAUCCGAACCAUUGCCCUGGCCACU